AUGUAUCUCCGCGCCGUUCAUGCAGAAACUCGGCUCAAGCCUCUCAUCGAGCUUAUUCAAAACAACCCACUGGGCCUUCUGAGUACCGCAAUCAGCUCAGAUAAUUUCCCCUUGAUCCAGCACACAUACAUUCCUUGGGUUCUUGAUCCACCAAGAAACCUCGCGGCUCUAGAGGCAGAUGGCCAGGCAGACCGAGCGCCUGUGGGCAAUGUUAAGCAGCCAGUGCAAGGGCUGGAAGGAUGCAAACUACGGGGACAUAUGGCAAAGGCCAAUCCGCAUGCCAAGGCCGUCAUCGAAGCGACUGGCCCAGGGAAUGGUUGCCUUCCCACGGAGGUGACGGUGUCCUUCGCGGCACCCAGCCAGCACUACAUCAGUCCCAAAUGGUACGUCCAGACUAAACCUGAAAACGGGAAAGUAGUGCCUACGUGGAAUUAUGUGGCAGUGGAAGUGAGAGGGACUGCCAGAAUAUUCCACGACAAAGAAGCGGUCGAGACCGGCCAGUAUUUGCAAACGCAAGUAGAGGACUUGACAAAGCUCUCGGAGAGUCGCCUGGGGUAUGACUCGACGCCAAAGGCAGAACUUGCAGUCAAUGGUCAGGAAGCUGGUGGCAAAGGGACAGCCUGGGAGGUCGGUGACGCGCCAAAGCCCUACAUCGAGAUCAUGAAGAAAGCCAUCAUUGGGAUUGAGAUCGACAUCACGAGCAUCGUGGGCAAGUGGAAGAUGAGUCAGGAGUUGAAGACUGGGGACCGGCAGGGCGUCAAAGAUGGCUUGAGAGAGCUAGACGACGUGAAAAGCAGGUCUGUUGCUGAGAUUGUCGAGAUGAAGAGUAAUACAUGGCGUGCCAUCGUGGGCACCUGUUUUGUCGCGGCGGGCACAUACUCGGGCAACCCCAUCGCCGUCGCCUGGAUCAGCACCAUUCACGGCGGCUACACCAAGAGGAGCACGGUUUACGGGAUCCAGCAGGUCUUCAUCAACAGCUUCAUCAUCAUGUCCACCCAGGUCUUCGACACCCCACCCAAGUUCUACAAAGGCAACGGCAUCUUGCUGGGUAUCUUUGCUGUCGCCUUCGCCUCGACGGCAAUUCUGUAUUUUUGGCUGAGAGCCGAGAACCGCAAGCGUGACCGCGCAGCCCAGGCGCGCCUCGACGGGACCGCACCCCCGCUUCCCGACGACAUUGGCGAUUUUGAGACCCUCUGUGAUUAUCACCCGGACUGGAGAUAUCCGCUCUGA